ACCUAGUUUUUCAUACCACAACAAACGAGUGUGUCCGCACAUUUCAUUCACAUUGUUUCUGGAGAUCCAAGGAAACCUUAAUUUCGGCUUCUAGUAAACAGUGCUAUUUUUUUCCAAUAUUCUCACAGUGAAUCGCGAAAACAAGAAUGUUGCGUCAUAGGAGCAUCCUUUCUCUUCUCAAUAACUUCCACCGUCAAGCCUGUCAUUUAGGUCCACCGUCUCAUAUUCUAGUCAGAACAGAUUCCCUUUCCAAAUUUAGUCGAUGCUAUGCGAAGAAAACCAAAAAUGGAAGUGAGGGUCCAGGGACUCCAACAUCGAGAAUCACUCCAUCAGCUGCCACUUGCAAGCCUCCUGUAGAUAACAAGGGUAGCUGCAACACAACGCCUUACAAAGAGUGCCAGCCACCAAAAUUGAAGCCUGAACUUCAGAGCUGCAGCAGACCAAAUCCAGUCAGUGAACAACCGAAUUGUGCUUAUGAAGAGAGUGCUGCAGCUCGCGCCAGAAAGAACAACAAACGUAUUCUAGCAGCACUUCUCUUGACAGCUGGCACAUUUUAUGCAGUUUGGAAGUUACAACCUGAAGAAAAGACAAAGCAAGAAGUCAAAACUUCCAAAAAAUCAGCUAAAAUAGCUCCAGUGAAAAUUCCUGCUACUGCCAGUGAAAUACCAAGCAGUGUCCCUUAUUUGUUGAUUGGUGGAGGUACUGCAAGUUUUUCUGCAUUUCGGGCCAUCAAGUCCCUUGAUGCUAAGGCCAAGGUUCUCAUAGUUAGUAAUGAAAGCCUACUGCCUUACAUGCGUCCACCACUUUCCAAAGAAGUUUGGUUUGUCCCUGAUUCAGAGAAGAAAGAUCCGCUAACAUUCCAGCAAUGGAAUGGUUCAGAAAAAAGCUUGUUUUAUGAACCGGAAGACUUUUACAUAUCUCCCAAAGCAUUAGAUGAGAAUCCCAAUGGAGGAGUUGCUGUUGCUCGAGGCUGGAAGGUAGAGAGGAUAGACCCUUACAAAAAAAUUGCCUACCUCGAAGGUGGUCAUGAAAUAAAAUAUGAAAAGUGUCUACUUGCCACCGGUGCGAAACCUAAAACAUUGGAUGUGUUUUCAAAAGCCCCUGCGUCAAUUCAAAAGCAUGUUUCCACAUUCCGAGGAAUCCCUGAUUAUGUUGAGCUGAAUGAUAUCAUCAAAGAAACUGAAUCUAUCGCCAUUAUUGGUGGAGGAUUCCUUGGCAGUGAAAUGGCUUGUGCCCUGGCCCGAAGAGCUAAAGUAGAGAAUGCAAACAUAAAAGUUUACCAAAUAUUUAAGGAGCCAGGAAAUAUGCACAAAAUUCUACCCGAAUAUUUAAGUCUAUGGACCACAGGCAAGGUUGCCAAUGAAGGAGUUGAAGUAAUAUCCAACAGUGAAGUACAGGAUGUGAAGUUAGAGGGAAAAGCAGUCAGCUUGAUGCUAAGUGAUGGAAAACAGAUAUUAGCAAAUAAAGUAAUUGUUGCUGUUGGAGUGGAUCCCAAUACGGACUUAGCAGAAAACUCAGGACUAGAAGUGGAACCACAUUGUGGAGGAUACCUUGUCAAUGCUGAGCUUGAAGCUCGCUCAAAUCUGUAUGCUGCAGGUGACUGUUCUUGUUUCUAUGAUGUCAAAUUUGGUCGAAGGCGUGUUGAACACCAUGAUCAUGCUGUCAUAUCCGGAAGACUUGCUGGUGAAAAUAUGGUUGGAGCAGGUAAACCAUACUUACACCAAUCCAUGUUCUGGUCUGAUCUGGGACCUGAUGUUGGCUUUGAAGCCAUUGGAAUUGUUGACUCUUCUUUACCUACUGUAGCAGUAUUUGCUAAGGGCUCUGAUAAGGACAGUCCCAAAGCAGUGGUGGCUGAAUCCAAUGACAAUAUUCGAUCAAAUGUGGAAGCUAAUAGUCAAUACAAGCCUAGCAGUGUAUCUACUAGUCAAAAUCAGCCUGCUGCAAGCAAAGAUCAAACAUUACCCCCAGAUGAAUAUGGAAAAGGUGUAAUUUUCUACUUAAGAGACAAUAUGGUUGUGGGCAUUGUGCUUUGGAAUGUGUUCCGUAGAAUGACAGUGGCAAGACAGGUUCUGAAAGAUGAUAAAAAAUAUGACGACUUGAAUGAAGUAGCAAAAUUAUUCCAUAUUUUUGAUGAAUAGUGCAUAAAAAUUGUUUUUUUGUGGAAUUGGCUGAACAUUGCCUGUUUGUGGCUUUGUUGACUCCUGUAUUUACCUGUAAAUUUUUUUUAGUUAAGCUCAGAUUAUUUUUCAUGUGAUACAUUUGAAGCAACUGUCAAAUGGGGCAUUUACUCAGUUUUAUUCCAUUCAUUACUUUUUUGUUAUCAUGUGUAUGUGUGUGAUUCCCAGGUGCAUACUUUGUACUCCUUUUUGUCUGAAACUAUUGUCAGGCCCGACCCUGGGAUGCCAUGUUGUUUGUUGUAUGUUGUGUAUCAUUAGAAUGAAGUUUACAGUAACUGUU